ACACACGCACACGCAGCGGAACACGGUUUAGGACCAGAGUCCUGUCUGAAGAGUUUGUUGGAGCCGUGUUUCCUGGCUCCCGGUCAAACCCACAGCACCUGCCCGCUGACAAACAGUGGACCUGAGGAUCUGCUGGACCUCCUCUCCUCCCCAGAUGUAGAGGGAGUUGUCAUCUGCAGCAGUCUUGUACACAGUAGACCUCUGUGCUGUCCAGUGAACUUGGCCACCAUGCGUGAGUACAAGCUUGUGGUGCUGGGAUCAGGAGGUGUGGGAAAGUCAGCACUGACAGUCCAAUUUGUGCAAGGGAUUUUUGUUGAGAAGUAUGACCCCACAAUAGAAGACUCCUACAGGAAGCAAGUUGAGGUCGAUGGGCAGCAAUGUAUGUUAGAAAUCCUGGACACGGCUGGAACAGAGCAGUUCACAGCUAUGAGGGACCUGUACAUGAAGAAUGGCCAAGGUUUUGCUCUGGUGUACUCCAUUACAGCGCAGUCAACAUUUAAUGACCUACAGGACCUCCGGGAACAGAUCCUGAGAGUAAAGGACACAGAGGACGUGAGUGUUGCACUGUUAAAAACAUUUUGACCUUAAGAAAUCUAAUGAAUCUUUAACCUUUCAUUAAAUACUCGC